GGAGGGGAGCGCGAAGGAGGAGCGGGGAUCGGGGGAAGUAAAAGUUGCCGUGAGGGCGGGGCCGCGCCCGGAGUCGCCGCCGGGAGGGGGCGGGAGAGGAGCUGCGUGCGGAGCCGCCGAAAUCAGAAAGCUUUUUGCGGAAGAGCAGAACUUGGUAUUUUGCACUUCUGUUAAUGAUCAAACAUCUGCAAAGAUCAAACAACUGAAAAGCAAGGCAAUUAAUCUGAGACAAAAAGGCAAGUGUUCACUGGACAGAGAAUGAAAUAAACAUGGUGUAUUGGAAACUGGAAUAUAUUUCAUGGGUUACAGUUAGAAAUAAAAAGAAGAUGGAACAAAAUGAGAGAACAGGAGUAUAACACCUGACAAGAACUUUGCAGUUCUGUGAUAUAUAUAUACAUAUAAACUUUCAACAUAAUACAACUAAUGAUUUAUAGUAAUACUUUAUUGAUAUCCCUGGAAGAAGUCAGUUACUGUGCAACUUGCUUAAUAAGAACUUGCAUCCUAAGGACUUUUAACAUGCUUUAACCUUAACUGGACACCUUUAUUUAUUUAUUUUUUUAAGACUGAGGGUUCAAAACAUUGUUCAGCUAUAUUUUUACUGGGAGACUGCUCCUGAGGGAUGGCUCACAGCUACUCAUGGAAAAUGGACUUAAGCCCCUGAAUGGUUACUACUGCACAGAGUUGAAUGGAAUGCCAUGACUUUAGAAAUAUUAUUGUAGAACCACCUUCUUUGCCUUGCACCCAUCAUAUCCUUAAAUAUUUAAGUGUGAACAUUUUGAGUAUAAACUCUGAAAAACAAUGGCAUGGGUGAAAUUCCUAAGAAAACCUGGGGGUAACCUUGGAAAAGUCUAUCAGCCUGGAAGUAUCCUAUCCCUGGCCCCUACAAAAGGCUUACUAAAUGAACCUGGACAAAACAGCUGCUUUCUUAAUAGUGCUGUUCAGGUAUUAUGGCAACUUGACAUAUUUCGACGAAGUUUAAGAGGUUUAACUGGACAUGUGUGUCAAGGAGAUGCCUGCAUAUUUUGUGCUUUAAAGGCCAUCUUUUCACAAUUCCAGCACAGCCGAGAGAAAGCCCUCCCAUCGGAUAACAUGAGACAUGCCCUCGCGGAAAGCUUCAAGGAUGAGCAGCGUUUCCAGCUGGGAUUCAUGGAUGAUGCAGCAGAAUGCUUUGAAAAUAUCCUUGAGAGGAUUCAUUUCCACUUGGUGCCAAACAGUGAAACAGAUAUGUGCACUUCGAAAUCCUGUAUUUCUCACCAGAAGUUUGCUAUGACACUGUAUGAGCAGUGUGUGUGUCGCAGUUGUGGAGCAUCAUCAGAUCCAUUGCCUUUUACGGAAUUUGUGCGUUACAUUUCCACCACAGCCCUGUGUAAUGAAGUAGAAAAAAUGAUGGAGAGGCAUGAACGUCUCAAGCCAGAAAUGUUUGCACAAUUGCUGCAGGCAGCAAAUACUGCUGAUGAUUACAGAAAGUGUCCUAGUAAUUGUGGUCAAAAAAUAAAAAUUCGUCGUGUUCUUAUGAAUUGCCCUGAGAUUGUCACCAUUGGUUUAGUCUGGGAUUCAGAACACUCUGAUCUGACAGAAGAGGUUAUGCGGAAUCUGGCAACACAACUUUAUCUUCCAGGGCUGUUUUAUAGGGUUACAGAUGAAAAUGCCAAAAACAGUGAGCUUUUUCUGGUGGGAAUGAUUUGCUACACGAGCCGACAUUACUGUGCCUUUGCCUUUCACACCAAGAGCUGCAAAUGGGUGCUGUUUGAUGAUGCUAAUGUAAAAGAGAUUGGAACAAAAUGGAAAGAUGUGGUGUCCAGGUGCAUUCGGUGUCACUUCCAGCCAUUGCUGCUAUUUUAUGCUAACCCAGAUGGCACAGCUGUGUCCCCAGAAGAUGCACCAAAGCAGAUUAUUCACUGGUCUCAAUGCAAGGCAGCAGGAGGAAAUGGGGAAGACUUGGGAUUUGAAAAGCAUUCUGCUGCUAAACCAGACAACGUGAAAGAGAACGGAAUUGGAGACUCCACUAAUCAAAGGAGUAAUAAAAAACUUCAGCCAGAUAAUCCAGCGUUCAGUAGAAGCCAUAUUCAAGCGAGUGGUGGUAGAGGUCCAGCCAAGUUAGGAUACAGUGAGCAAAAGGACAGGCUGAAGGAUUUAUCCAGAGAGUGUGCCCAGAAAGCUGCUGACAUGAAAAACUUCACAUCUUUACGGAAAGAUGCAGACAGAGGACCAAGGAAAGAGUCUGGGAGACAAAGAGACUUGAUUGGGGAAGACCGUUCCAGUGCUAAGUCAGGGUCUCCUCCAGUUGGAAAUGGACUGAGGCACUGCAUGGAUCAGCGGAUCUAUGGCAGCCAGGGAAGGGGCCCCUACAAGCAUGACAACCAAGCACCUCACCAGGCAAAGCUCUCUGCACAUGUGCUUGGAUCAAACAAAACAGAGCCCUCUCCUGCUGGGGAGAAACCAGUAACAAGGACUCGAACCGAUGGCGUCACUGGCUAUGACACGGACACCAGCCAAGACUCCAGGGACAAAGGAAGUAUGAGGAGCAGGAGUAAAGGUUGGAAACCAAUGCGAGAGACACUGAAUGUAGACAGCAUUUUCAGUGAGACUGAGAAAAAGCAGCACAGCCCAAAGCACAAAGCAAACCUGAGCAGUAAAUCUAAGCACGAAAAGGAGCGGGGCUUUAACCACUGGCCAAAGGAGAACCAAAUGCAGAAGGGUUUAAUGACUAUAUAUGAAGAUGAGACAAAGCAGGAUACAGGAAGUCGAAGUUCACUGGAUUCUGAGGGAAAAGGGAAUGCUGAAAAAAUCAAGGGAUUUACAGAGAGAAAAAUCCAUGGUGAUAAUUGGCAAAUUCAGAGGACAGAAUCUGGGUAUGAAAGCAGUGACCAUAUCAGCAACGGCUCUGCAAAUCCAGACUCCCCUGUUAUUGAAGGAAUAAAUACAGCAGAUGCCAAGAAUGCGAAGGAAAGUGCUUCCUGCAGUGAACAGAACUUGCCAACCAAAAAAGCUGACAGUGUGGUACAUUCAGUACCCCAGCAGAACAGAAGCUUCCAUGAUUUAAAGAAAGACCAGAUAAAUUCUGAAGUUAACUACAGACCUCAUCCUCAUGUUGGUUUCCCAACAGAACUACAUUUGCAGGUGCCCAGCCCUCCAGUAAAGAGAGCUGAAAUGCCUGAGACCAACAGGAAAUUUUUCCCAUCAUCAGCUCUCCAGCCAGCUGUCAAAGAGAUUGUCAAGUCAGACAGCAGGAACAAGGCAAACGAACCGAACCCUUGCGAGUGGCUUAACGCAGAGAGGUUUGAGAAGCUGAACGGGCCGGUGUAUUGUGCAGACAGUGUGUCCCACCCCUUCCCAGACAAUGCCUGUGGCAGGAAGCCCAUCCACAGCGACUUUCCCCCCCCUGCCCAGCCACAGUCCCAUCACACAAGAAAUCUGUCCCAUCACACUCUGGGUCCCAAGGUGGGGCUGGUGCCCUGUGCGCCUCAGAGCCUGCCGGAAAGGCCGGUGGUGCCGCCCGCCCCUCCUGGCGAGCACACGGGGCACCCGCUCCGGAGGGCAGACCCCCUCUGGGUGCCUGAAGCUGUGUACCAGAACAUUCCUCCCCCCUUACCUCCGAAGAAAUAUGCUCUGAGCACUUUGGCAGGAUCAGAGAAUAACUCGGUAGCAGAUGUAAAAUCAACGGCAGCAUUGCGAAAUAGUCCAUUAAGGCAAACAGGUGCACCUUCAAAAUCUGCAUCAGAAGCAAGCACAGUCCCAGCUGAACAAAGGCUUAAAGAGCCCUUUCCAGGGAACGAAGUGUUUGUUCAUAAACCGGAUUCUCCACCUCGCUUAUCAGUUAAUGAGUUCUGGACUGUGUCUGAGAACAUGUUGAAGAAAGGAUCUCGUCACACAGGACCCAGCCCUGGCUAUGUGGAUGGGAACGACAGCGUGUCCCUAACCACUUACUUCUCCGUAGACAGCUGCAUGACUGACACCUACAGGCUGAAGUACCACCAGAGGCCCAAGCUGUAUUUCACAGAGAGCGGAAGCUUCCACAAGGAGAAGCAUUCUCCAGCAGCCGCAGUAGAUCUGAAUGCCACAUACCCUGCCACUCUGGAGCCCAGGCAUCCCACCUCGGAACAGAGGUACAAGGCAAAUGCAGAAGGAAUACACUGCAGUCGAUAGGUUCUUCAGGAAGCCCACACCUAGAUCUGACUUCAGCAUUUCAUGUAGUCUGUAAAGGGGCACAACCUCAAAUCUGUGUGUGUGUUAACCAGGUACCCAGCCGACUGUACUUGCUUAGGAGUUGUGACUGUUCAAACCGAUAUGCAAAUGGAGGCAAAGAGAAGAGGUGCUAAACUUGUGGUUCUUGGAUUUGUUACUCUAGUUGCCUUAAUGCUUACCUCUGUUACUCAGCUUGUCUUCAGUUUGUAUUCCAUGUGGUCCCUUGGGUGUGCACACCUUGCAGCAGCGGGAUUGGCUGGAUGUUACUAAUUCUGGAAGAUGAUGUGGUUAGCUGCAGUGUAAGCAGUGUUCCUUCAGACUGUGGUCACUGUUCUUAGACUAACAAAAGGGAUAAGCAUGCUACCACAACUAAUGCAGUACAUUAAGUCAUAACAGAGCAGUAUUUAUCCUCAGAGGUAGCCGGAGGUGACAUGGUUUUUUCAAGCAAUGUCUCUCAGAGUCUGUGCUUUCACAAACCUUCAAGUGUCUUUAAUGCAAGUUUACCCAGAGGAUUUAUUUUUUAUUUGAAAAGCCUUAAUAAUAAUACUUCUUUAAAAACCAUUUUGGUUUGCAACUGUUAAAUUAGAUUUUCAAAGGGAAUUGAAGUAAACUGCAGUAAUGCUUUCCUAUUAAUACCUCUGCUCUGUUAGUGUACGUUUUUAAACACAUUUAUCAGAUUUGUUCAUCCUUUAAGCUGUAUACUUUAACUUAUUAAAUUUAACUUCCUAAGUUACAAACCAGUAUAACAGAAUAGGAAUGCUAAUUUUAAAUACAGUUAUGCAACUAAGAAAGAUUAAUUUUGUAAAAUUUUAGAUGUAAUUCCUACUUAUGUUGAGUCCUGACUUACUCUACAAUUGCAUGCAAAGUCAAUGCUGCUAUUUAUUAAACUCCCCUUUUAUUUC